UAUCUUUAAGUUUAAACUGUAAACAAAACAUUAAAGUUACCGCAUGGUUUUGAGAUCUUGAUUGACAUCUUAUCGUUGAAGGAUUGGAGAAAUUUUGAGUAAAUCAUUAUUUCCUUACGUAAUCAAUUUCAGAUUAGCUUGCCUGCAUGGCAAAUAAUGUUCUUCUCAAGAGUUUUUCAGAAUCAUUUUCUAGAGUUAUCAUUAGGGAUUGGUACCGUUGCUAUAGCAUCGUUAGUUACAUUUCAUUUUAUUAGAAAACCUAGAAAGAAGAUUUCGAGAAUCAUCGAUACGAUGGAUGUGUUUAAUAAAGAAAAUGUUCAUAUCAAGAAUCGAGAUCGUGUAGAAGAAAUUGUAUCCCAAUUAAUUAAAGGGAGUGCAUCAAAAUUGCAGAUUAUAUCUGAUUUUGAUCACACUAUAUCAAGAGUACAUCAGAAUGGAAAGCAAUGCUCUACAACUUAUGGAAUUUUUAAACAAUCAUCUCUAACUAGUGAAGAAUAUAAGAAAAAGAGUACCGGUUUAUAUAAUCAUUACCACCCUAUUGAAGUAGAUCCACAUCUUACAAAAGAAGAAAAAGAACCAUACAUGAUUGAAUGGUAUACUAAGAGUAGGAAUUUAAUGCCAAGCUCUGGUAUUACAAAAGACUGUGUUUCUACAAUGGUUCAAAAAUCAAAUAUUCAACUCAGAGAUGGUUGUGAAGUCUUAUUUGAGUCUCUGCACAAACACGAUGUGCCUUUGUUGAUAUUUUCAGCUGGUGUAGGUGAUGUAUUAAAGGAAGUACUUGAACAGAGAGAUCUCAUGUAUCCUAACAUUAAAAUAAUUGCAAAUUUCAUGCGGUUUGAUGAAAAAAACAAACUUAUGGGCUUUAAAGGUGAUUUAAUCCACACUUUCAAUAAAAAUCUAAGCUCUAUAGAAAAUAAAGAUUAUUUCAAUCAUUUAAAAUCUAGAAAUAAUGUUAUACUACUUGGAGAUUCUUUAGGAGAUUUGGAUAUGGCUGCAGGAGCUGAAGAUGUCAAUGUUAUAUUGAAAAUUGGUUUUCUUAAUUUCAAAACCGAAGAAAAUCUACCCAGAUAUCUUGAUGCUUUUGACAUUGUUUUAUCUGAUGAUCAAACUAUGGACGUUAUUAUUGGUUUGUUACAACACAUUUUGUAGUUUAUUAAAUUUCAACCAUUUUAAAAGAAAUUACUAUUUUGGAAUGAUGUUGGAAAAAUUUUAGAAUUUAUGUGGAGGCUCUAAACAGACAAAUCAGUUGUUAAAAUCCUUAGGAUUGUUUUUCAUUGUCAAUUGUUUUAUUAGAAAAUAUCCCGGUUUUUAUGAAUAUUUUUAAAAUAAAUAAAACUCGCAUAUGUUGCCCAUAAAAUAUAUGUUGUAUGUAAAUUACAUUAGUGUUGUAAUAAUUUAGAACAUUGAAAUAAUUUAGAACAUCUUUUUUACUAUAGAAAAUAUUUUACUUGUAGUAAAUAUAUUCUAUAUUGAUCAUAAUUUACAUAUCUUUGUUCCCUGAAAUUUAGAAAGACUUAAUAUAUAUUUCUCGUAUUUUACAUUAUCAUAUAUGUGUUCAUUAUAAUUUAGUUUUCUUUUUUCAAUAUUUUAAUGCAAUAACUAUUUGCCUCCUUUUUAUUUAUCUUAGAAUUUGUUCGCAAUAAGCUUUUGUCGUGUUCUGUGCCAUUUUAAUAUGGCUGUAGAAUAGAAAAACAUAUUAGUAUUUUUUCAAUAUUUGAUUCUCUACAUAAUUACAUUGCUUUUAUUGUAAAAAAUAGUAUUCUGUGUAAUUUCAUUUUAUGAGUUACAUCAAUUUUUCUUUCUGCAUUGUAAGUUCUUAAAUGUUUAUGGCUCUGGUAUGUAUUGCUUAUUCUAUGUGUUUCUAAGAAGAAUUUGAAAUAGAUAUUAAUUGAAAUUAUAAUAAAGGUUAAAUGCUCCCCAAAUACUCGCAUUUGAUAGUUUUAGACUGCUAUUCUUUAAGUUCACUGCUUAAAUUUUCUCAUUUUUACUCAUCACAUUAUAUGUAUGAAGAAUAUUAAUGAAAUCCAAUAUUUUUUCAUUAUUGUUUGUACUUUGCUAAGGAAAUAAACUUUCAAUAAUGUUGAAAUUUGUUUAUGUUUUAAGGUCUUUCUAUGAACUGAAUGUUUCAAAAUCUUUAAGUACCAGUAAGUCUGAAAAAUAAUUUUCCAUUGUUGUUUCUUGUUUUAUUAUUUCAAUAAUUCUUUUAACAUUAUUAAAUAAAAUAUCAUGUAAACAUUUUGAGAUCAUUCCUCAAAAUACAAUGUUAAUUUUAAAAACUUGUACAUUUAAAGAAAGUUAAAACAUU